AUGUGUUCCAUGAUUGCAGGUAUCUGGGGCAUCCCUGAGAGUCUAGCAAGUGCCUUACAUUUCUUGAAAUCGACAAACCAAUUAGUGUCCAGUCAGGAUGAAGACGUGCACGUUGUUGUUGAUGGUGAUGUUGGGGAUGCUGAUACAGUCACACGGGUGGUAUGACGACAGUGUGUACGAGCAAGACGGUGGCGUUGAUGACAGUAGUAACAACGAUGAAGAAGAGGGGAACGAGAACGCCUAUGACAACAAUCAACAACAACAUGAAUAUGAAAACCAAGAAAACCAUGGAGGGAAACACGGUCACCAUGGAAAACAUGGAGGGAAGCACGGUCACCACGGUAACCACGGUGGAAACCAUGGAAAAAGUGGAGGGAAUCAUGGUAACCAUGAAAACCAUGGAAAAGGUGGAGGGAACCAUGGACAACAUGGAAAAAGUGGAGGGAAUCAUGGUAACCAAGGACAACAUAGAAAGAGUGGAGGGAAUCAUGGUAACCAAGGACAACAUGGAAAAAGGGGAGGGAAUCAUGGUAACCAAGGACAACAUGGAAAGAGUGGAGGGAAUCAUGGUAACCAUGGACAACACGGAAAAAGUGGAGGGAAUCAUGGUAACCAUGGACAACAUGGAAAACAUGGAGGGAAUCAUGGUAACCAUGGACAACACGGAAAACAUGGAGGGAACCAUGGCAACCACGGUGGAAACAAUUAGGGGAAACACGGCGGGCGUUAAAAUGCCAUGUAAUGGCUUCCUUUACUGGGACACACGGGUCUCAGCAGGAUCCUUAAUUAACCCCGUGAAACAAUGAACGGAACGGAAUCGAAAACGACAUACAAAUAUAAUGUAGAAUAGAAUUCUUUACACAUUUGGCUGUGUAAAAAAAAGUAUUUCAAAAUGUUGAAUAAGACAUGAAGGACCAUAACAUUGUUUAUUCUUUUUGUACAUUUUGCCAUAUUAUCACAUGAUAAAUGUACUGCUGACUGCAUUCUGAAAUCUAUUCCAAUACAUUUGCCUGUUUUAGCAAUCCCCAUGUUUUAUAACAUAUCAGUAAAUCACACUCUCUUGACACCAUGUAUUGUCGGUACUGAAUAAAAGCAUAUUAUUGGCA